CUUCAGUGAUGCUGAAAGGUCAAAUCUCUUGGUGUGUGUCAAAUUACGUAUUUGCUUUUCGAAUUCUCUGGGAAAGGUAAUGACGUACAACUUCCGUUGCUAACGAAAGCGCCCAACAUUUCCUUUUGCUCAGAAAGCGAAAGCUCAGUGUUUUAAAUGCAGAAUAGAUAUUCACUUUUCACGAACAACAUCUCCAUUGCCAAUUGUUUUAGCUAGAAGUCAGGUGCAUUUCUGCAAAAUUAUGUUCGUCACUUGCUUUUAUCACAUGCAACACACGCAAUGUUUAUGUCAUUCACCUUGUAACGGAGUUCAGGCAGAUUUGGCGCGGAAUCACAUUGUUUAUAUUUCACUGAAAUCUGACUCAUGGUUUGCUGCCCACCCAUUCCCAAGGGAUCUUUAAGGCAACCCUGAUUGGUCCGUGGGCGGGAAGUAAUUGUAUUGAAUGUAUGACGUAGUUGAAUGGACAGUUGUGAAAGGCCCCCGGUCGACGGAUAGCAAAAGCUGGAAACUGCAAUACACGACUGUUGAAGGGAAAAAAGUACGUAUCUCAUCCAUCUUUUUAUCGGCAAGACUGUGAUCGACGGCUAUAGGGAUCAAUCGAAGGUGUUUCUCUUCUCAUCGAAUGUAGAAUAUAGCGGAGUUCGUGAAUUUCCGGUGAGUAAUUGUCGUUUUCAGUUCGAACGCGUGGAGAAGUUGGUUUUCAGUUUGUGUCGUCAUUUGGUCUCGCUACGUGUAACGUAUGCCUUGUUUACUUUGGAACCUCUGCUGUUGAUUGCCUGAACAAUUUCUUUUCCUAGAAAGGUUUUCGUUUGACUUAUUGGAGAAACGUGUUCUCGAUUGGCUCUAGUGCACGCAUUUUGUUUGUUAGAAAGCUGCAAGUUUAGGUUUUAUUGAUCAUUCAGGAAGAGCUAACUGCAUUUGCAUUAACGCACGCCACAUUUUUAGCCGUCGGUGUUAAAAAGGUUUUUUCUCUAAGCAACAGCUCACUCUGUCUCGAAACAUCGCAUUAGUAAGUAACAGAUUUUGGAGAGUGGGGUUUUACUCUGUGUUACGACCCUGAAACGAAGAGCUGUUUCCUUAUUUCGCUUUUGCAUGGCUGAAAUUUUAAUUUCCGUUCUAGUAAAGUGAGAACCUGGUGCGUUGCGUAGGCAUACCAAAUGGUUCUUUUUCCUGUUGCAGUAGUUAUGCCUGGUUUCUUCUUUUAAGGUCUGUUACGUUUUAUUUCUACCUGGAGAAUGAAAGACUUUUAUCGAAAGCUGUUCAGGCAUGAAGCAAGAUUUAUCCAGCGAUGACCACUACAACGUUUAACCUCGAAUUGUCUCGUGAUACACACACUGCCUGUCCGGCGUUCCCGGAUUUAUCGCAACUUUAUUCCUUCUUGUUUUCUGUGAGGUGCUUUUCAGUUCAGAUGUAAUCCCAUCAUACUAGUUUUUAAGGAUGUUGUUGUCCGUCACGAGGACUCAAAAUCGUGUUGCGAACGUGUCGUAUCGUGCAGGGGGUCAAACAGCAGUCAGUACACAAUUCUUUGAAUGUAAUUUGUUGGGGCUGUCUGCAGGCAUCAAGUUUAGUGUGGUUAGCGAUUCUCCAAUCGUGCAGAUCACUUUUUUGGUUGACUAAACGAAAGGUUGUUUGACCAUUUUUCUGAGGAAAUUCUUGUUUCAACAUGGUCAGGGUUUCAGUUUUAAUUUCUGAUGAUCGUGUUUCAGCUUGUGUUUUAUUGAUCUUCCAAUUUGCUUUCUUUCAGCUUGGCGUUACGAAGAGUGAAUUACCACCUCUACGUCGGCAAGAGCGCCUUUGCCUUGGGGCUCGUGAACAGCAUCGAGAAAAGUAGAUCUGGUGCAGUUUUUGCCUUUUCGUUAUGUCUUUUGAGACAUUUCCUUGUGGUAGCCCUUGUGUGAGCCCCGAGGAGCCUGCACCCUCUCUUUACGUCGAAAACCCCGACGAGGAUCCAAGCAGAUUGCUAAUCAAAAAGCCAAUGGAAAGUGAACCCUCGCGACUUGCCGAGACAGCAAAUAUAGAGGACAAAAUUAUGAACGAGGAUGAAAUAGCUCAAGUUAACGCGAGUGGAGGCGAUGGGCUUAAAAAUAACACGCUAAGCGAGGAUGGUCGUACAAGGAAGAACGGUGACGAUUCAGCACGUCGUGUUGAAGGUCGUCAUGUUUACGAUAAGGUCGACAUUUCUAGACCUCACUGGAUUCACCUAAAUUACGGAAAUCCGGCGACAAGCCCAGCCCAUUCCUCGCUUCUGAAAGAACAACAACUAAAAGAAAGUUUGCCGUCUGGCCAAAAUUUUGAAUCUGGGGAUCGCGCCAGUGUUAUUAUCAAGCGAUCAAAGGAACAAGAGGAAAUUGAGUCAGACUCUGACAACGAAUCACAAGAUACGGGCAAAGUAAACACGAAUGAUUCACUUCGCUGCAAUGAGAAUAUUUCUGGUAUUGAGGCAAGCGAGGAAAAUGUAGCGAGCUUGCACGGUCACUCGCGUGCGAUCUAUUAUAAUUAUGAUGUGAGCCACGAGGAACUUCGCAAAUUGCAAGACAAAGGAAAUGCUAAACUUGUGCGAGGGAUACACGGUGAAGCAAAAGCUGUGCCAAUUUAUUACAUGCCUGCUGGAUACUCACAUAUGGUCGCUAUGCCAGGCGGUGCAUCCGCCGGGAAUGCAAACAACAUGUUGCAGAGAGAUCAUUUUGCACAAGCAAACUCGAACGAGGUGAAACGCCUACACCUGCAGCAGCACUUGGAUUACGUGGCAGGAAGACCCGAGCAGCAAGUCCCAGUUGCAAGUAAUGUGAACACAAGCGAGCGAUAUGGGAAUUUGCAGCAUGGUUCAGCUGCUCCCGGCAUUCAGUAUGUUGACAGACGCCUAAUGCAUGGGGGUUAUGCCAUGGUCCCCGGAAUUGGACCCGUCUUUUACCAGGGUAUUCCUGUAGGAGGGGAUCAAAGCCAUUAUGAGAAUUUUACGUCACUUCAACAACAGUUUGUACCCAUGAGCAAUAUCCCAGCCGAGACAACAAGUAGUCAACCACAAGCUCAGCCAACCGCUUCCUCUGGUGCUAACAAUGAUCAUGCACACCAGCGAAGCCAAGAAAAGCUGCUAAGUAAGCGUCAAGUGUGCUUGUGGUAAUUAUGGCUAGUGAUCGAAUUAGAGUGUUCCAAUAUUAGAUAUUAUUUCUGACCUAUAUUGAACUCGGCUAUCCAAUAUAACUAUCCUUUAUGACGAAAAUCCUUCUUUUCAAUACAAAGUGGAGUAAUCAUGACAGGUGUAAAUCCGGGCCUCCCUUCUUUAUUGUUCUGGUAUUCCCUUAAGAGAAUUUGCAAGUUUUUAUUUCCCACAAUAGUAUUCACAUUUGUAUUGUUUAAAUAUUUUGACAGCUAUGAGCUCGAAUUUGAUAUUUUGGCUCCUGUUUUCGCCCAUCUCUGCAUGCAAUGUUUGGAAAAAAUGUAAAGCAAUUUCCUACGAGGAUAUGAUCUAAGAAAUUACCACCAAUAGUGUUUUGCAAGUAUUUUUGGCAAGACUAGACCUGCUGUUUGUAAGAUUUUUAUCCAUAAGUGGCUUUUUUGACCUCAUCUCUGCAUGCAAUGCUAGGAGAAAACUUGAAACAUUUGUUUGCAAGUAAGUUCAAUAUUAAAUUUUGGAAAGUUUUUUCUCCCACUUUGAACAGAAAAUCAUUGUUUUAUACAUGGUUUUUAUUAAAGGUAUAUGGUACAUUAACUUUCUUGGUUAAUUUUAGUGAGUAAAUUGCAUGUGUCAAUAUAAGUUUAGACAUAUUCCUGUUUGACUUCUUUGCCCAUUGAUUUGUUGUUUUCAAGAUAAAUCUUUAAUUUGAAGAGGUCAUGUGCAUGUUUUACCACAAAUGGAGGAACAGAUGUGCUGAAAUUUUCAAUAAAUUUGUUUACAACUAUAAAUUCCGGUUUUUUUAAAAAACGUUUCUUGGAUCGGAUUGUGUAGGUAUAGAAUUUGUAUUGUAAACAUUCUAUAUGUUUUAAGUUUGUUCUGAUGUCUGAGCACAGUCGUCGGACAAAUUAUUUGUUCAUUGUAUGUUGUUUGAAAAAUCCUGGCAUGCAUGGUUGACUCAAUUUUCAUUUAAAAGUUAAAAGCAUUUCGUUCAGCCAGAGUGAUAAAUUGUGAAAUUCAUGUUAGUGGAGAGUUGUUGACCUUACUUGUCCAAGGGCAAACAACAGCUAAAAGGAAUUUGGCAUUUUCUGAAAGCAGAAAUGUGUAAUUUGAUAUGAUCAGAUUAGAUCAGGUUUUUUAAUUUCCAAUGAAGGAUCCAGUCUGUGAUUGGCCCUUGUUUAAGUAAUGAACAUGCUGGAUUUACUUAAUAUUUUUCCUAUGUAUAUAUGUUACUAGCCUCAUGCAGAGCCAUGGAAUAUUAUUGGUCCGUCUGACAUGUGGAGCAACCAAAACGUCUGAAUGAUGCAUGCAAUGUGGUGAAACUGAGCUUGUGAUUUUCAUGUUUUGAAUUCCACAGAUGCUUCCAAGCCUUACGCAAGCCCUGUGCAUCACACCUCUGUUGUGUCUCCAGCAUCAAGCUUGGAGGAAAAGAGAUUGACAAAUUCCCCAGCUGUUAAAAGUGAAAGUGGCAGUCCAGCUCCAGUUACUGUGGCAGAGGAUGGCGAUGGCAAAAGAGGGGUGCAGGCAAAAUUGAAGGGAAAGCCCAAGCCAGCGUCUGGAACUAGCAAACCAGAAAUUAAGUGUGAACAAUGUGGAAAAACAUUUGGUUCAUCCAGUGCUCUUGCAAAACAUAAACUUACACAUAGUGAUGAAAGAAAAUAUGUUUGUGGUACUUGUGGGAAAGGAUUCAAGCGCCAGGAUCAUUUGUAAGUGAAUAUGGUGAUCACUGCAAUCUAUCUUUUAUGCUGAAACUAAAAUUGUAAAUUCCUGAUUAAACAGCCCUAGCAUAAAAAAAAAUAGUAGUUACAAAAUUGGUUUUCUUAUAUAUCUUAAGAAGCAAUUUUUAGAGUUCCUUUGGAAAGGUUCACUAGUCAAGAGGCUUUUCUGUUCAUAGAUUUUUCGAGCUUGUGAUCCGAAUAAAGAAACAUAGGAAGCUUUUAAACCCUUGACCUUCAAAACUAGGAUACUCAGUGAUUAAAUUUUGAGCAAAAGCUUUUUCAGACAAUUUCCAAAGACAUAAGUGAGGCACCUGGGGGCACAAAAUGCUGCUAAUAAAGCACAACCUUGGAUGUUGUUUUGCAACCUGCAAAGUUAAAUGUUUGACUUAUCAUUGUGUAGUAUGUGAAGUAGAAGGAGUCUUAGUGGAGGGUAUUAUGCUCUCUUUUAAGACAAGACGCUGAAGGCCACUAAGAGCAGAUUGACAAAUUAGGGUGAAAUAAUGUGCAGAUUAUGAAGAUGUACUAAUUUACUCUUUUCAUGAAACAAAACAUGUGGAAAUAACAGGCUGAAUCAAGCAAACAAGCUUAUUAAAAUACCAGACAUUUUGCUGUAUACAAACACAACAUGCCUUAAAAGGAUCCAAAAAAUGAUUGUACAGUAAUGAGGUGUGUGGUUCCUUCUAGAACAUCAUUUUCACUAACAGCCUUAAGUCGUGCUGGAAUUUAGAUAUGCUUGUGUUGCUGCGGAAACCAGGCAUUAUGAAAGUUACGCAAAUUAGUAAAUUAUUAACCCCUUUUCGCCAACUUAAUAAUAAAAAAUAUAUAUAUUGACCAAUUUAUGGAACUCUUUAUAAUAAUUGUAUUAUUGUACAAAGAAUGAGUAAACUGAGUUCAAUUUAACUUUUAUUAUUGUUUCCAGGAAUGGCCAUAUGGUGACCCACCGUGACAAAAAGCCAUAUGAAUGCAACUUUAGUGACUGUGAUAAGAGUUAUUGUGACAUGCGUUCCUUGCGUCGACAUCUUGAGAAUCAUCACACUGCUAAUGGAAUGAGCGACUCCAGGACCCAUGGAGCAGUAAGUCCAUGCAGUGAUAAACCAACAGUUGCAAAUGUUGAGCGAGCAGACUCACCUAGAAAUUUGACAAAAUUGGUCAAGGGUAGAUCACUUAAAGACAGAACUGACCACCUUCAUGCCAGUGGUUACGACAGCGGCCGUAGCUCGGGAAGAUCCACACCUGGAAGCACACAUGAUCCUGGUGUCGCUCGUGAGAGGCCAACUAAUUUACCCUUAGAAGGACCUGCCUUGAAUCCACUGAGAGAGCGCAAUAGUGAUAGCUUCAGUUCAACUGCAUCUGAAGAGGUUGUUGGCAAUUCUGGGGAACAAAGUGUACCAGAAAAGUCAACUGACGCACCAAAGCCCGUCUUAGCUGGUGACUUGCUCAAACAGGCUGCGGAUAGGUUUAAGACACAACAGGUAGGACGAAACCCAGGUGAUAUGUGGCCAGAACGAUUUCAGCAGCAGCCUUAUAUGGUGUACCACCCUUACGGCACUUCGGAGCAACAGUGGUAUCCCACAAUGUAUGCCCAGAAUCCACGCUUUGUGUAUCAAUAUCAUUCUGUAUUCCCAUCAGUUUAUCAGGUGCCUGUCACUGGCCUUGUCAGCGAGCCUCGUCAGCGGAUGAUGAGUGAUUCAGACACCCCUGAAGUGACAAAAACAGUCGGGGGUUCAUCACAGUUAAAGCCAUCGCCCUCUCAAGAGAAUAAUCGUCCAACUGAUGCCAUGCAGUUAGCUUAUCUCAGACAACAUCAAGUUGGAAGGGCCACAGGGACACCAACUGACCCUACUGCUGUUGCUGUGGCAACUGCUAAAGAAAUGGGUCAUUUUAGAUAUGCAGGAGAGAGUUAUUAUGGAGCCCACCCUCAAGGCACACAGUGGCAACAGGUUAGUUUUGUUGUUAUAGUUAAUAACUUCAGGCCAAAGGACUUUAAAAAAACUUAAGACAGAAUCCAUCAGAAAAUUGAGUAAUUUCAAUUUUCAGUGGACGAAAAACCUUGCACUAGAAUAAUUUUAACAAUAUCGCAUUCAUUUUUUACAUUUUUCAGGGGCUGUAGAUAUAAUAAGUUAUCUGUAAUAGCACCAAAGACUAUUUCUCAUGGGAGCCCGAGAAAAUGCUUAUUGUGCAUAUUAAGUGCAAAUCCCAAGUCUGCAUUGGCAUGUACAUAAAAAAAUAAUCUAUUGUCCUCAUUAAAAAAAGACCAUAGUUCCCUGGACACAUGUCACAAACUCACAAUUUUUUUAUUAAAAACUGUUAAGCAUAAUUUAAAUUUUAGGGAACAAAGUCACCUGUUUCCUUGGCAACAUCUUGUUAUUUCAUCUACAGACUCAAAAGUUAGAGCAGCAUUUUCAUUUUAAAAAAUCAUUAAUUCUUUGAUUUGCUGAAAGGGUACCUAGGUGGAUACAGGGGUCAGCGGGGUAAAUCUAUUUGCGUCAUGUUUAGUUCUAAUUUUAGAGUGAUCUCAGUUUUAUUAUUUGGAGACAGAAUAUUGCUUUGUUUUCGGCUAUAAAAUUAAUAUUCAAAUUUUAGAGGAAAACUCGUGGGGCUAGUGGUGGAAUAUCAUCAAGACCACCAAACAUACAUGUGAUCUUUACAAAUAAGCAAAUUGGUAGAAUUUUGGUAAUCUGGACUUAUGCCAAUGUUGGUGCAUUGUGGUAUGUGGUUUAUAAAGUUGAAAGGUUUUCAUAGAAUAGAUUACUCUUAUGCAGAAUGUGGCUCAUUUAUUGUACAUUUUAAACUAAUACUUUUUGAAAGAAAUGUAUUCAAAAUUUACCUUUUGCUUUCUUUUAGAACUGAACCUGCUUUUAAUUCCACAAAGUGUUUUUUUCUAAGGUUGUCAGAUUUUUAUUCAUUAUGGGUCAUAGUAUCAAUGCAAUCUGAGAUAAUCAUGUUUGCUUUUUGUGAAGCAGAGUUUGUGCAGACCUGUCCUUUCCUCACUUGGCUGCCUUCACGUACAGAUCAAGAUGAAUAUUUAAUGAGUAGUACUUCAGGUUUAAAUUGAAUGAAUUUCAGCGAAUAGUAACCUUAAAUACUGCAUCAAUAUCUAAAGUUGGUGGCCUUUGCGUCACUUCUCAGGCCAUCUAAGCUAGUGGCAAACUUUUGAAUAUUUUUGAAGAGGUGGACCAAUAUCCAAUUGUUAUUCUGCAAACAGAAGGGUUUGAAUUUGAAAGCCAAAUAUUAUAAAGCUUAACAUGAUAAAUAUUCAUGAGAAAUUCAAUUGUUUCUAGGCAGCCAGCUGUUUCGUUGGUUAUUCUUAUCACCUGUGACUAACACUGUCUUCCUGUCUCUGAUUGGUUCAGUGUUGUUUGACUUGACACAUGAUUGACUUGUGGUUGUCUUCUGUGGUCCAUUCAAAGCUAGUAAAUUUGCAUUAGUUUUUGCCAGAACCAAAAUUAAAUUUCCUUUUCCUUGUUGUGGUCAUGUGAUCAACUUUCUCGGUCCUGUUGUUUUUGCUUGAAGUGUGGCACGUCAUUCAUGAGCUGUUGUAGUGUUUCAACCCCAUCAUUGUAGACAGAUUCUGCAAGGACUUGUGUCCUCUUAAACCAAAUGGAAUUCAAUCAUAAACUGCUAUUUCAACUCUGCCCAAGUGGAAUUCUACCAAGCUUAGUGCUUUUUGUGGAGCAAAAUGGUUAAGGCAUGUAUUUUAUUCUUCUCUCAAGCAAGUUUAUAUACCUCUGACGCUAGCUAAUGCUCAACUAAGAUAUAACAAGCUGAUUCAAUCCAGGGUGACUCGCUGUAUUGGCUCAGGGCUUUAGUCUUUGACUGUAAGGGCCUCUGUUGAUAAUCUUUUUGUAAAGAAAAGGUUCAAGACAUCUGAUAAUUUCAUAUCUUUUUUUAUCAUCUCUAAAUUUUGCUCCAGAGUAGGUGAUCCUUUAAUUUUGAUUACAUUCAUUGUAUCUUUGAUAUUUUUAGUAUUUCCUUUAUGGUCUUGAUCAAGUUUACCUGUCCCUGUGUGUGCUCUCUGUUUUAGUAAAGCAUAAUAAAUUUUUACUGCUGUUUAGCAUCUCCAAGGAAAAAUUUUCAUUGUCAGGAAAGAGGAGAAUUUAUUUUAAUUUAUUGCAUGUUGCAUUACCAUCACACAAUCUAUAGUAAGUGAAAACAGCAUAUAAAAGGUAAAAUUUUGUAAGGUUUGAGCUUAAAGAAAAAUUAAUGGUUUCAAAAAUAAUAUUUUAAGUUUCUUAACACCUUUUUUGCUCAAAUUUGUAUAUUUGGUGGAAAUAAGAUUUUUUUUAUUUUUGUGCUAACAGUUCCUUGAAAAUGGGUAAUGUUGGUUGAAAUGUCUACUUGAUCUAGUGAAGGUUAUCUUAAAGCAUUGUUUUUAGUGGCUUCAAUGCAACAACAGCAACAUAACUUUUUCUACAGAUUAAACCAGAAUUACACAAAAUAAUUUUUAUCUGGGCCCAGUACCAUUGCAUAAUAUACUGUAGUUUUAUUUUCGUUGUGGCUCAUAUUUUGUUUUCUUUUGUUUCAAACUCAUUCUUGUACAUUACCAUCCCCUAAAACAAAAUAAAAAUUAAAUGUGCACCUCAGCAUAAUUCAUUAUGUUCACCAUCACCACCAACAUAUGCUUUUGGAAAAAAGUCCUGGCAAGCUCUAUGAAUACUUUGACGUCGUCAGUAACACAGUUGGCUCAUAUCACUGAAUAUAAAUAAGGACUGCUUAUAUCAAGAUCUCAGUGAAUACUUACCUAAUGCUCUUAAGCACACAAGGUCAAUACCCAACAUGCAACCAGCACAACGCACCAUAAUAAUACAACAAUGAAAUUAUCAUGAAAAAGACUGAUGCAGAAUAUAUAGGAUCAUAAUCACAAUGGCUCUAUCAUACUGAUAGAUUAUCCUGUUAAAAUAUUCGAUUUAUUGAUCAUUGUGUAACUAAAGCUUUGUUUUUUGUUCAUUUUGUUAUUGCUUUUUUUUUUUCAAUGAAAUUGUGACAUUUCUUAGUUUUGAAAGUGAUUGAUGGUGGUAGUUUGAAUAGCCCUUGCCUAUCACUAGUAUUAAAUGUCUCACUGAUGUAAAUAUGUUUGUGCAGUUGUACAAACCCAGGGUCAAAUUUUAGCCUGAGAAAUUAAUAUUUUUUCAUUAGGCACAUAGUUUGGUAAGUGUCUUGUAUAGAUAGCCUCUACAUCAAUAAUUAUUGUCAGUGUAACUUAUUUUAUUUUAAAUUCCCUAGGUUCGCUAUGAUGAAACAACAAAUGCUUACAAUUCAGCAACAUCAAUGGGUAACAGCAAAUCGUCAAGUUAUGGUCAUGCCACAGUACCAGAUAGUAAUGGGCUGGCAAACAGCAAUGCUGAGUCAAAUCAUUUGGACACAGUAUCACGUGGAACACAGUUUCGUCCUGGAAAACUGGAUACUAACAGUGAACCACCUGAAAAAAGACAACGAUUGUCGGAAGUAAGUGCUGGCGAAAGAGAAGGCAUUAAUGGAGCACUACAUGGUCAGAUUAAACUUGAAGACAAUAAUAAUUCACAGGAAAAAGCGAGAGAAGGGCUUUUCAGAAAUCCAGCAGAGAUAGUCACCCCACGACGUAAGCAGAGGCCACGACCUGAACCCUUGACGAUCCCACCAUCAGCCAGCACUACCUACUAUUCAAAUCGACCAAACUCACCAAUGGGCCGCAGCAGACCAUGCUCGCCACCUUACACACCUCCACCCAUGUUGAGCCCACGCAGUAUAUAUUCUAUCGGAAAUAUAACCCCACGAUUGGGCCCAUCCAUUCAAGUGCCCACAACUCCUAGCAGGCUUCAGCUACUCAGCAGUCACAGCCACAAAAGUAAGACAUCAUUUUACGUACAUUUGUUAAAUACAAGUGAACUUUGUAGGAGUAAUCAGCCUAAAUGCCAAGGUUUAACGGUCACUUAAUGGGAGGUUAACGAUUACAAAAGUGAAACUAUGCACAGGGUUCCUCUUUUGAGAACAGCUGUAUUAAAAAUGCAUCUGUCUAUUCAAAGAAAAGUCAUUGGAACAUUUUUUUGGUUGCAAUGCAAACAAUGCUGGGCUGUCACUAAAAAUUAUUUUGUAAACUCUAAGUGGCAUAGUUCAUGGAGCAAACAUGGAGAGCUCCAACAAAAACAAUAUUAUUUGAAAAUAAUGACUGGUUGCUUUUACUCUUGUAGGUUUUACUGUAGCUGAAUUUUAGAAGUAAAAGCUUUGGUACAUUAGCUUUUGAUCUUUUUAUUACAUAUGAAAUGCACCGUUUAUAUCUGAUGGCAGAAAUCUCAAGUUGGAUAACCAAGGAUUAGUCCCUCAAAUAAGAAGACUUUUUGCAUCCUUUUUCUUAGGUUCUACUUUAUGUGAUUUUUUUUUCUCUCUUUCAAGUGGAAUGCUGUAAUGCCAAUGACUUUCCUUAUUUUUCAGGCUUUGAUUUAACAGGAGAUGAAGAGGCAUUACCUUUUCCUGAACCGUAAGUGUGGCUAAUCUAUUGUUAGAUAAAAAGAAAGGAACAGAAUUCUUCCAAAUAAAUUACAAGCUCAGAAGAUAUCCGAUCGUAUAAUCAAAUUAUCACAAAAUAUACUUUGUGGUAUUGCCUUUUAGUAAAAAACUCUAAACCAAUUCUUGCAAGGAAGAAAAUGCCCACAUGCAAUGACUCAAGAACAGUGUUUUGAUUGUUUCAUAUUUUGGACAACUUAUGCAUUUUUACAGUUUGACGUUGAUUUGAUUUUGUAAAGAUUGAAGUCAACAAAAUAAUAUUAUUGAGAGAGCCUGGUACUCUAAAAACAUUCAGAUUAAUGAACUGCCAUUUACAUUCUCAACAGAAAAAUCAAUGUUGGUCGUGAGUUUCAAGCAGAAGUACCACCUUUUGCUGGUAAGUUGUCAACGUUAGUUUUAGAAAAUUAUCACAGUUUUAGUCUGUCAGUGAGGUGCAAAAAUAGCCAAUGUCCCUCCCACUCUAUCAAAUAAGUCCCUGCAAACAUCCCAGGCUCUAAUAUACUCUCUCUCCUCAAACUGUCCUUAGUUAAUGAUUAGUGUUGCUCAAUUUGCCAGUGGAAGUUUACACAAUGAUUGUGUUACUAUCAAAAGUAAUUAAAGUUCUUUUCACGAUGUUUGAUGUCAAUCUUGGUUUUUCUUACCAAGGCCAUAAAGAUGAUGCAAAAUAUGAUGAACACAAAGCAACUUUAGUUUGGAAACCAGUUGAUGAAAAGAAGAGAUCCAGAAGAGAAGAAAGUGAGUGUGCUGGGUUAAGUCUUUCGUUUCUUUUUAUUGUGUAAGUAAUAAUGGAGCAGGAUUAAAUUUUUUGAGUUUUGAUUAAUGCCACUGGGUAAGUGCCUGUUGCAAUAACAUUAAAAAAAAGAAAUAAGAAGAUGUAAAAAUUAUCAUGUUGCAAGCAUCAGAUUUAGAAAGAAAGAUUGGGUCCAAAAUGGGUUAAAAUAUUAAAUUAGAUGGUUUAUAAAGUUGUCCUCAAGAAAGCAAAGUACAAUUUGCCAUUGGACAAAGGAACCAUGCAUGCACAUCUUCAGUUCAUGAAGCCUGUAAUUACUGUGGUGUUACAUGCAUAAAAUGUAGUAUAUGACUACCUUAUCCUGGUCAUUUGUCUAAAAUACAACCUCUAAAAUUUCAGUUGAAUCUUUCCUGGAGAUGGCCUGCUCUGUUGCUGUAUUAGGGGGUGGAUCAAACAAAGAAUAUGCCCUACACAUCUUGCAUAGAGCAAACGGAAAUGUGAAGGUAAUUUAAAAUUUUGAUGUGAUGCUUUAUCAAGUUUAAGGGUGAUCCAGAUAAAUAUCAGUGAUCUGAGAUCACUUGGAUCCUAGCACAUCAAAGGAACUGAUGAAUCAACCCUGGGAAAGGAUUAAUCGGUUUAUGUGAUUUUCCAUGAUCUGAUUGAUGUUGGAUCCUGAUCAGGACCUGGAUCAUCCCACAGGUUUUAGUAAGAUUUUAAGAAGGUGGCAAAGGCUUUGAAGUAGGUGGAAGAGGAAAAAAACUUGCGGCAAAAGCGUGACUUGCGAGCGCGAGUUUCUGGAAAUAAAAUUAAAAUCUGGGCCUCUUAGGAUGCAUUUCCAGUAUUCUGGCCUAUGGGGCAAAAAUUUAAGUGUGUGAACAGAACAGAGACAUCAUUAAUUUUGACUUCUUUAUUCAGUUACAGUACAUGAAUACUCUAUUUAAACUGGGGUAAUUUGCAAAGAAAAGUAGGCGGCAAGUUUACGUGAAAUAACUGGUGAAUUUCGCCGGCCACCGGCUCUUGUUGAAAACCCUGUCAUCCCAAAGGAACACACUCUUAGUUUUCAUGUCCUUGAGAUCGAUGUUGAUGUCUGAAUGUGAACUCUUUGUAAUAACUGUGUUUAUGUCUUGACAGGAGGCCGUUAAAUUGCUGCUAUGUCAGAAAUAUAUUGCACAACAAGGUGACCCCAUGUAUGAUUAUCACUAUGAAGGUAAAGUUCAUUUCCACUGGCCUUUGAGGUAAAUUAUGUUAUUUUUGUAGCAAUAUACAGUCUCUGACAUAUUGUUUGUGUGUUUUCAGGAUCAGUUCGAUGGGCAUCAAAGGAAAGACAGAUUUUUAGGCAGAACUUCAGAACAAAGGGCAAAGAAUUCAAUGAAAUUAAAAAGGAUGUAAGUGUGAUGUUCUUGUAACGACAUUCCAAACAGGCUAGUUUAUUCUUGUUGAUGCAGUCAAAUCCGUUUUUAAAAAACAACCUGGCAUUUACUUAGUUUGGAAGUUAUGUAUCCUUUAAUAGCUGCAGUAGCUGUGGAAUAUCAAAAAAACUAACAUAAGAUUGAGUUUUGGACUAUUCACUUCCUUAAUCUAGUGUUAGCACCUUUUCUGUGAGUAAUUAUUCUUUUAUCUAGGAAAAUUGUUCAGCAUUUCUGUCGCUUUUCUCUCUAAAUUGAGACACUUUAAUUUUAUUUUUAGUUGGUUAAAGUAGGGGUACAAAUAUUUUGGUAAAUUCAUGGCUUUGCAAGAUGGUACUCUGGGAUUUAUGCUGUUCCCAAAGACUCUGUUGAAAAAUCCCAAUUGACUUUGUAUGUGUAAAGUAUUGUAACCUUCCACUUAUUGUUAGUAUUUUUCAUUGCAGGUUGGAGACAAGAAAACAAUAUUUGAUUGUAUUGAGUUUUAUUACCAAUGGAAAGCUGCGUACCCUGAAGCUAUCCGCGGAAGAACUCGCUACAUUGACUCAGACUCUGAUGAAGUAAGUUAACCUCAGAUAAACAAGAAUAUACCCUCAUACUGAAGUUGUGAUACAGACUAGGUUCUUGCGGUCUAUAAAUCCAACUUAACUUAGUAACAAGGUUCCAUAAGUUACAGUACAGACCAAGAAAAAACGGUUUAUAGCUCUGGGUUUCAGUUAAGAGGGAAAGAUUUCAGUUUAAGUGGAAUGGCUUUUGACGAUUUAUACAUGCCUAAUCCUAAACACAGGAAGAUUUGAUUGGUGUCUAAAAUUGUUGAGUCAUCAAAAGCAUUCGUAUUGUAGUAGGUUUUCUUUCACAAAUUGUGAUCAAAAUUAACAAACAUUGGAAUUAAGUAGUACAGUGAAAUACAUGCAGCUAAUUUGACCAAUCAGAAUGGAUGUAGUAGAUGAAAGAGAACUUGAUAGUAAUGUUAAGUAUUAUCUGCUAACACUUGGGCCUUGUGUAUUUUUAUCAGGACUAUGAAGAUACCUCAAGUGAAACUAACAGUAACCCCUCCUUUUUUGAGUGCGAUUUCCCUCAGUGCAAUGCUGUAAGUUGAGAUGUUUCUUUAAGAUCAUUUGUUGUAAAGCGAGUAAACCUGAUGCUUGUGCAAGUGGUAUUGCUGAUCCCUGCAGUGAAAAGUGUGCAUGUCUCAUAUGAACUUAGUAAGUUGCCAGCUGUUAGCCUGAGCCACAGACAAAUCUAUACCCCUGGUUCAGUCCAUCUUCGAAACAGCACUGAAAUCCAUGUUCUGGGACUCAGCUGUGUAUCAAGAUUUGAGUACGUGCCAUGAUUGACCUGUUUAAAAAGCCAUUGUCCAUAUGCCAAUCAGGUUGAAGGGAAAUUCGAAACACACUUCCUGAGUAAAAUUAAUUUAAGUCCAUUGGGGGCCUACAACAAGUAUCUUAGCACCCUUUGCAGACAUGACUAAUCAGGAUUAGAUGACUUUUGCAACACAGGCUAGCUGAGUGUCUGCCUACUGUGAGUUUUCCUGUAUAUAUGUAUGUAGUUAAUUUUUUAUCUCAGGUAAUUUUUGUUUUUCUUUUGUUUUUGGGUAUGGUAAUGUAUGCUAAUGAAGUUGAAACAAAGGAAAAAUAAAAAUUACCUGAGAUAAAAAAUUAACUACAACAUAUAUGUGAAAUAUAGAACACCCAAUCUGUUGUUUAACAGAUUUGAAGCCUGUCUUGCAGUGACUCUUUUCCUUUCAUUUUGCUUUGCUUUUUUCUCCAUUCUCAUUCAUAGUUGACUUUCUUGUUUCUUUACAGAAAUUUGUAUCCAGACAAGCUCUCAAUGGUCACAUACGUGUUCAUGGAGGAAGGUACCUAACAGAAUUUCCAUACUUUGUAUUGUUGUUACUAACUUCAUUUAGGAAAAGUGCACAUACAUAAAAAUUUUCCCUUGAAUAGUUAGCACAUACAAAACUUAAAAGUGGAAGUCUGUGGGUAGGAGUAACGAUUCAUAUUCCUUGCAGUUCGAUUCGAUUUUGAUUUAUUUCGAUUCGAAUAAUGUGAAUGUUUCUUAAUUCUUAUAACAUAAUGUGUAAUGUAAACAACAUGCAACCCUAAACCCUCAAUUUGAGAAUAGUAGCAGGGACAGGAGGAUUCACACUCGCUUGGUUCGUCGCCAUGUUUGAGAACCUGACAAAGUGUGUGUUGCACAUAGUUUGCCUUAUUUGGAAAUUCUCAUGGGGUGGUUGAAGGACAGCAUUUUUACCAGGCAACACAAAAUGGCGCACGAAAUGCUAUCGUCUUUGCUCGUCAAUCAUAAACGCACAAUUUAAAGCGUUCUGGAUUCCAAUUUUACGUAUGAUAACUCACUAAGGGCACCCUGGAAAAGGUGUGCAAAAAUUGAACCAACAUCGAAACUUGGAAGCAAAGAAUAAUCGUGAAUCGAACUGAACGGUGAUAUACUAUCUGUGGGCAUAACCUAAAACAUGGCCAGAGCACUUCCACAACUCUGAUACUCACGUAGAACAAUCUUAGCAAAAGCCCUUAGAGGAUGUUAUUGUUAAGCUGUUGGUUACUUUUUGUUUGUGAACUUUUUCCCUAACUUUUUUCUUUUCAGUGAGAAUUGAUUAUGUUUUUUACUUUAUUUCUCAGCUUCAUGAAACCGUCAGAACCAAGACGUAAGAAUCGCAAUACAACGGUCGCAGCAUCAAAUGGAUCAAGUGCGGGACAUGUUGUGAGGAAGAGAAAGUCUCCUUCACCAGCUCCUGCAACCAGCAUGUCUGAGUUAAAUAACCAAGAUGGUCCACUGCCUGAGUUCGCUUGUAAAGUGUGUGGCAGGUGAGUUUACACUUGUUGUGCCUCAGAAUCUAAAUCUGUUAAAGGGGCUGUGUCACGCAGUCAAUUUCAUUUUGUUUAAUUUUGCCAAUUACACGCCCUCAAUCACUAUGGAACUUAAAGGAAGCAAAGAAUUACAGGUAAAUGACAAAAUCGGAGAUCCGAGACAAACAAAUAUGUCUCCUGAGCAUUAUUUCUGAAGUUGCAAGCAGCAGGGAUCAACUUUGAAAAACUGUUAGGCUGAACAGUUUUCAAAAUCCCUAAUUUCAAUCCGUUUCAAUCUUUUUCAGUUUUGCCCAUCCAUGGUAUCUGUUGUUUCUGUUAUGUUAUUUUAACCUUCCUUUAAAGUUUUUUUAAAGCGGUUAUUUUUAUGUUUCUCUUAAUUUAACAGGCAUUUUGUAAUUUCCUAAUUUGGCUGAAUUUCGUGGCACAGCUCCUUUAAGAAGAGGUUUCACUUUAGUGUGACUCAGCUCUUCCUCAUUGAAACAAAAGCCAGACNACUUUUUGUUUGUGAACUUUUUCCCUAACUUUUUUCUUUUCAGUGAGAAUUGAUUAUGUUUUUUACUUUAUUUCUCAGCUUCAUGAAACCGUCAGAACCAAGACGUAAGAAUCGCAAUACAACGGUCGCAGCAUCAAAUGGAUCAAGUGCGGGACAUGUUGUGAGGAAGAGAAAGUCUCCUUCACCAGCUCCUGCAACCAGCAUGUCUGAGUUAAAUAACCAAGAUGGUCCACUGCCUGAGUUCGCUUGUAAAGUGUGUGGCAGGUGAGUUUACACUUGUUGUGCCUCAGAAUCUAAAUCUGUUAAAGGGGCUGUGUCACGCAGUCAAUUUCAUUUUGUUUAAUUUUGCCAAUUACACGCCCUCAAUCACUAUGGAACUUAAAGGAAGCAAAGAAUUACAGGUAAAUGACAAAAUCGGAGAUCCGAGACAAACAAAUAUGUCUCCUGAGCAUUAUUUCUGAAGUUGCAAGCAGCAGGGAUCAACUUUGAAAAACUGUUAGGCUGAACAGUUUUCAAAAUCCCUAAUUUCAAUGCGUUUCAAUCUUUUUCAGUUUUGCCCAUCCGUGGUAUCUGUUGUUUCUGUUAUGUUAUUUUAACCUUCCUUUAAAGUUUUUUUAAAGCGGUUAUUUUUAUGUUUCUCUUAAUUUAACAGGCAUUUUGUAAUUUCCUAAUUUGGCUGAAUUUCGUGGCACAGCUCCUUUAAGAAGAGGUUUCACUUUAGUGUGACUCAGCUCUUCCUCAUUGAAACAAAAGCCAGACCUGUCUGACUUCGUUUUUUUACUUGGUUUGGGUAGAGUGAGGAAUAUCUUUAGGGUUGGGGGGACAGAGGAACAUGGAUAUUGGUAUCUGAUUCAGAUAUCUGUUGCUUUGAUUAUUGAGUUUCACACUGUACUUACUUCAUUUGCAGAAUAUUCCACAAAAUCAAAAGCCGGUCAGCGCACAUGAAAACCCAUGUGAAAAGACCUGAUGAUGAUGAUAGCAAGAUGGCUGC